AUGCGAGAGGCUAAGCGCAUAGCGGUGUCGCUGCUAUCGCCCGGGAAUCCCCGGGCGCUGCUCUUCCUGCAGCUGCUGCUCGUCCUGCCGUGCGUCGUUAUCGUCACGCUGCUCUUCUCCAUCCCGCGCGCCUACAAGCCAUCCAGGCCUGGGCUCAUCUCGCAGCGCUUCGCCGCCAUAAACACCGAGCUGGCCACCGUCGCCGUGCCGGCCGCUGCUGCCGGCGGCGCAGACGGCGACGGCGCUACGGCCGGCAACGUCGCCGCCGCCGCCGCGGCGGCGCUGGCGGCGAAGCAGCAAGAGCCGGUGCGGGCGAUGGACGUACACGUGGCAGUGACGGACACGAAGGCGACCAAGGCGGAGGCUGCGCGGAAGCAGGCGCAGGCCGAACAAGCGCGCAAGGCGCGGCUGAGCGCGCUGGUGCGCGGCAAGACGUCGUGCGGAUGCUUUCAAACGGUCUCAGGCCCGGGCGGCGCAUUCCAUGUGAUGUGCACAUGCAAUCUGCUCUGCUGGGACGGCCGCCAGCUCAUAGCACAAACCGCCAACCCGGAAGCCCCCAUCCCCUGCAACCAGCUCACCUCAGACGUCUCCCCAGACGCGCAAAUCGUAGCCCUCAAUUGCCAGGCCAAGAUCAACGGCCAGCAUCCACUCGAUCUGGUCCGAAAAGCCGGGGAAUUCCGGCCGAUCGCAACUCGACCAGCGGAUUGGAUCAGCACGCGGAAAGGCCCGGUGGCAUGGCGGCUAGGCAGGUCGUUUAUCCAGAGAAUGGAGGCCGGAACAGAGGACGUUUCAGCCUUUGUUGCUCGCUUCUUCCCCAUUCUGCUCGUGAACAACGCGACGGUUCCCGCGCUGCUGCCGCCCGUGCACCGGUUUGUGUUCCCCCGCGAUUCAUACUAUCGUGCUGUGCUGAAAGGGCUGGGCCCCGAUGGAUUCCAAGUGGGCGUUCUGGAACAGCUGCUGGGAGCGGCGUUUGAAUCAAACGGCAGGGGAAAUAACGGUUCCGCUGGUGCUGGUGCUGCUGGUGCGGCUGGUGUGGGUGGUCGUGCAGGCAGCAGGGAGUGGGAGAGAGCUAACUUGGUAGAUCCCCAGGAGCCGACGCUGCAAGGGCAGGACGGGGGAGGGGGUGCUCGUGUGGAGGACGAGGAGGGGCGGAAGGUGGAGUUUGAGGGGCAGUGGGCGGCAGCAACAGAGGAUGCUCCCAUGUGCUUUGAGCAUGUGGUGCUGCCAGGCGUACUGGAUGGGACCAUCUACCCCCUGGGUCGCAUCCAGGCUGAGAUAUUCCUGCAAAAGGUGGAUGCUAAGCUGGGAUUAGACACUGCUGCUGCUGCUGCUGCUGCUCCGGCUGCUGCUGCUGCUGCCGCUGCUGCUGCUGAUAGUGUCACUGCACCGGCUUCUGAUGCAGCUCCGCCGUCCUCAGCUUCGGCCGAACCAGCAGCCGACGCAACCGGCGCCGCGGUUGUCUCCCCACCGACAGCCUCCCACGUGGUCUUUGUGCGACAAGCAGACGCAGCCGUGCGAUCCAUAGUCCCAGACAGCCUCGAUUCCCUCAUCAAAUCUCUCCAAACAAAGCUCUCGUUCACCGUGACCGAAGCCGCCAUGCGCGAUACCUCCUUCUCCCGCUCCUACUCUGCCAUUCGCAGCGCCGAUAUCAUUCUGGGGCUACACGGGGAACAGCUUGCAACAGCCGCUGCUUUUGCCACCCGGGAAACCCCCGUGAUUGAGAUUAUGCCGUUCCAUGUCUACUCACCUCAGUUCGAGACCCUUGCGCUGUCCUCCGGUCUCCCGUAUUUCCAGCACCAGUGCCAUCCCGGCCCUUUCUGGCCGUUCAACCCUGCUGCUGCGGAAGCUGCCAAACGUCCCCCUGCGACAGCGACCCAGGGGCUUCCUGCUGCUGUGAUAAACGAGAUAAGAACAUGGGCAGAGGCCGAUGUGGCUUUCCUGAAUGUGACUGUAGCGGAUUGCUUUGUGGAGAGUAUCACGGGGGCGGGGGGGGUCGCGGCGCUGGGAUGCCGGAAGCAUUUUCUCAAGGACCGGCCAGUGAGGUUGUGGGAGGAGGAUAUUGUAGGGAUCUCCCUGCUGGUGUCCUUGGCUCGGAAUAUCACCCAGGCUGCCGCGACGGGGAGAAGCAUUGUUCAUGCGGCUGGCUCCUCCUCCUCCUCUUCCUCCUCCUCCUCUUCGUCUUCCUCGUCUGCUGGGGCUGUUCAGCACUUGAGUGCGUCUGGGGAGUCGGCAGUGGGGGCGCUGAUGCAAGGGGAGUUGGAGGGGGCGUGUGUGGGGCGUGGGCUGGACCUGGGGUAUUGCCAGCAGGACUUUGUGCUGCUGCCUUGGGGGAGUGGAGAGGUGGUGCUUACUCCUGUGGGGGGUGCUGCUGCUGCUGCUGCUGCUGCUGCUGAUACUGCUGGUGAAUGGAACAGAGUGUGUGGUGGCGAGGAAAUGUUGGAGUUCUGA